AUGGACUCAUUUAAGUUUAAUUCUAACUUUUUUUUUUUUUUUUUUUUUUCCAAACAGAUAACUUUUUAUUUUCAAGGUGGAUUAAAAGCAUACUUUUAUCAAAGUUUUGUUUCAUUGGAUGUAGCAAACAUUCAAAUGCAUAAAAUUUAUUCUAGUAAAGAAAUGAUUAGAAUAAUUGGUGGUGUAAUUGAUACAAGUAAAGCAAAUGGUUUUUCAAUUACUCCAGCAGGUGCUAUCACCACCAAUAACCUUUUAACCUGGGAAAUGAUGAAACCAACAGAUCCAAAAUGUUAA